UCAACUUCAGACUGCUCCGCUGCGGACGUUUCUGCACGUGUCAUACCUCGAAUUUUCCAUAUUUUUGGAUUACGCUGCUCCCCUGAGUGAAUUUAAGGCAAAAUCACUCGUUGCAAUUGUUUAAUUCCCUCACUGUUGACCGAAUAUCGAGAAAAAUGAGUACAAUCCUGGAGAAAAUCGCGGCCAUCGAGCAGGAGAUGGGUCGAACCCAGAAGAACAAAGCAACUUCUGGCCACUUGGCUAUGCUAAAAGCAAAACUAGCGAAACUUCGACGUGAAUUAAUUACCCCAAAAGGAGGUGGCGGCGGUGGGGAACAGGGUUUUGAAGUGGCUAAAACAGGAGAUGCAAGAAUAGGCUUUGUGGGUUUUCCCUCGGUUGGAAAGUCAACUUUACUCAGUACUUUGGCUGGAGUUUAUUCCGAAGUUGCUGCCUAUGAAUUCACAACGCUAACGACAGUCCCUGGUUGUAUUAAAUAUAAAGGUGCUAAAAUUCAGUUACUCGAUCUCCCUGGAAUUAUCGAAGGUGCUAAAGAUGGAAAGGGUCGAGGAAGACAAGUUAUCGCAGUAGCAAGAACUUGUAGUCUGAUAUUUAUUGUCCUGGACGUACUGAAGCCUCUGGGCCACAAGCGACUUAUAGAACACGAGUUGGAGGGCUUUGGGCUUCGGCUCAACAAGCAGCCGCCCAAUAUCAAUUUUCGAAAGAAAGAUAAAGGCGGCAUCAAUCUCCAGACAAUGUGUACGCAAUCAGAGUUGGAUUUAGAUACAGUCAAGACCAUCCUGGCCGAGUACAGGAUUCACAAUGCGGAUAUUACGUUGAGAUACGACGCGACGGCAGACGAUCUCAUUGACGUAAUCGAGGGAAAUCGUGUUUACGUACCUUGCAUUUAUUUACUCAAUAAAAUUGAUCAAAUAAGCAUCGAAGAGUUGGAUGUCAUCUAUAAGAUCCCCCACUGCGUCCCCAUCUCCGCCCAUCACAAGUGGAACUUUGAUGACUUGCUGGAGAAAAUGUGGGAUUACCUCCAGUUAGUGAGAAUCUACACGAAACCCAAGGGUCAAUUGCCAGAUUACAAUUCGCCUGUGGUGCUCAAUACAGAUCGACGAACAGUGGAAGAUUUCUGCAACAAGCUGCAUCGAUCGAUCGCUAAGGAAUUCAAAUACGCUCUCGUCUGGGGCUCGUCCGUGAAACAUCAGCCCCAAAAAGUUGGAAAAGAUCACGUUCUGUGCGACGAAGAUGUCGUGCAAAUUGUGAAGAAAGUGUGAUCGAAUACUCUAUUUCUCCUCAGGAUUUUAAUAACCGAGAAAGGUUGAAUUAUGAUAUUCGAUGCAUAAAAGGUACAGUGGAUUCUUUUAUACGAACUUCAUAAAAAAACAGAGAGAACUGCACUCAAACUCACGAACGAGUUGGAGAUUCGAAUAGUUCGCACAUUUCAUUGUAAUAUAAUUGUGAGAAUAAAAUUGAAAAUUGAACGCGUCCAUCGAUUGCACAAAAAAUUAUCACUGCACUAUUAUAAAUCUUUCAAAUACAAAAUUGUUAUUCAAGUGAA